CGGUAGCGGAGUCGAGGGGAACCGGCGGGAGCGGGGCCGGGCGCAGAUUUUGCCUUCCCCUCGUACUGGCUUCCCUCCCUGCCAUGGCUGCCGGUGAAGAGAUGGCCCCUGCCCUGCAGGACUCGUGGGGUGACUUCUGGCUCUUCCGCUUCUUUGUUAACGCUGCUGGCUAUGCAAGUAUUGUGGUGCCAGGAUUCCUUCUCAUCCAGUACUUCAAGAGAAGGAAUUACCUGGAGACAGGCCGAGGCAUUUGCUUUCCUGUCAUCAAAUCAUGCGUGUUCGGCUCUGAGGUGAAGUCUGUACACCAGGAAGAUGGCUCCCUGCCAUCACGAGCAGAGCCCACAGAGUCCUCUACAGCCCGACAGGUCUUCAAGCUUCUCUUCUGUGCUGCUGGUCUACAGGCCUCCUACCUCACCUGGGGUGUCCUCCAGGAGCGUGUGAUGACAAGGACAUAUGGUGCUACUGAAACAGACCCCGGUGAGAAGUUCAAGGAUUCCCAGUUCCUGGUGUUCAUGAACCGCAUCCUGGCCUUCACAGUGGCCGGUCUGUACUGCGCCCUGACCAAGCAGCCACGCCACGGGGCUCCUAUGUACAAAUACUCCUUUGCCUCACUCUCCAACAUCCUCAGCAGCUGGUGCCAGUAUGAAGCACUCAAAUAUAUCAGCUUCCCCACCCAAGUGCUGGCCAAGGCCUCCAAAGUGAUCCCAGUGAUGAUGAUGGGUAAACUGGUGUCACGCAAGAGUUACGAGUACUGGGAGUACCUGACCGCUGCCCUCAUUUCCGUGGGGGUCAGCAUGUUCCUUCUCUCCAGUGCUCCCAACAGGCACGUGUCCACUGUCACCACUUUCUCAGGUGUAGUCCUCCUGGCCGGCUACAUAAUCUUCGACAGCUUCACCUCCAACUGGCAGGAUGCCCUCUUCACCUACAAGAUGUCUCCCGUGCAGAUGAUGUUUGGUGUCAAUGUCUUCUCCUGCCUUUUCACAGUGGGCUCUCUCUUGGAGCAGGGUGCUUUGCUGGAGUCCCUACGCUUCAUGGCCCGGCACUCCGAGUUCAUGGCCCACGCCGUGCUGCUCUCGGUGUGCUCUGCCUGUGGCCAGCUCUUCAUCUUCUACACCAUCAACCAGUUCGGGGCUGCCGUCUUCACCAUCAUCAUGACACUGCGCCAGGCCUUUGCCAUCCUUCUCUCCUGCCUCAUCUAUGGACACACAGUCACUGUUGUGGGUGGGCUGGGUGUAGCAGUCGUCUUCAUGGCCCUCUUCCUCCGUGUCUACGCCCGUAGCCGCAUGAAGAAGCGCAGCAAGAAGCUCCCCCCAGGCGAGGCCCCUGUACAAAAGGUCUAAGGAGUGGAGGCCAUGGCAUUUUAAGCCAUGCCUGCUGUCCUGCUUCCACUUGGGGGCGCUUGCUUGAUUUCUCAGAACCCACUGAGGAGCAGGGUGGGGUAUGGAUAGGCUGGACCAGUGACUCACUUUUCCACCUGCUUUUCCUGGGGAAGGGGCUGGAACAAGCCCAGGGAAUGCUCUAGGCUGCCACAGCUCCAAAACUCUCCAUUUGCCUUAAUAGGUCAAAGACUUCUAGCCAAGGCACAGGCCUGGGUGCUUACAUCCUGGGGGAAUACCAUUGUGGGGUAUUCCAAAGGAGCUCUUUUCCCUGGCACUGCCUUGCCUCUGGCUAAUGCUCCUCCAUUUCUGUUACUGCUACAUAUCUGAUACUACUACAGAGCUCAGCAGGAGGAAAGGGCAAGCAAAACACUAUUUUUAAGUGCCUCCACAUGAGGCAAAUCCCAAGCUGAGCCUGUCCCAGUAAGGGGAGCUCUCAGCUCCUCUUCCCAAGAGGUGCUCCAGGUAGGACAGGCACAGCUAAGGGAAAGACUACCAGCCUGUCCUACCCCAGGUCUAGGAUCUGCUCUGCAGUGAAAGCCAGUACCUCCCAGUUUGGUUCUAUCAGUUCCUUGCCCCUGUUCUGAGAUACUUUUCUUUACUCCCCUGGGCCCAUUCUGAUUUUUAUGCAGAGACCCAGGCUGACUGGGACAGUUCCCAAGGCUUGCUGUGUCAUUCUAGGCUGCUUUUUGGUUACAUCCGCUGCUGUUACAGGUCAGAGGCUGCGCUGCCCAGAAGCCCCAGCACUGCCUCGGGCUCAGUGCCACAGUUUCUGGGCUUUGUAGUUGCCAUUCAGAGAAGCACAAAUAGCCCCUCUUCUUUCUGCCAACUGGAAGCACUGGCCCCAGCUUUCCUGGAGCCUGGCCAGGGCCCUGCUGUGCCUGGAGAGUUGAGAGGUGGGGCAGAGCCCACUCAGGGUGCCUUGUUUCCACUCCACAGGCAGCAGGGGAUGAGACAGAAUGAGUGGGCACCUGAUCUCCAGGCAGCAGGUAACACAGCACCAGAACCUGCUCUUCCCCAAGAGCGUGGGAGUUCCUGGUUAAUCCUUUUCUCCUCAACACAACCUGACUGACAAACCAGCAGGUUUUGGUACUUUUGAAAGGCAAUUUUUUUCUUUUUAUUUUAUUAAAUUAAAAAUAUGCUGCAUAUAG